GUAUAUUUACUGAUUUCAUUUUAUCUUCGUAACCUCACUUGGUCCACGUGCAUUCGUGAUAACAAUUACUUUUUAUUUUAACUCAUUUUGAAUUAGGUAGCUGGAUGAUCAGUUUGAUUUAUAGAAUUUAAAUAAAAAUAUAACAAAAUGGAUCAAAUAAGGCAAGGAUGGUAUAGUGAAAUGUGUGAACUGUGGCCCGGACAGUCCUUUUCUUUGGAGGUAAAAGAGGUACUUUUUCAUGGCAAAUCGGAAUUUCAGGACGUUCUUAUUGUUCAAACUACAAACCAUGGAAGAGCUUUGAUUCUAGAUGGAAUUAUACAGUGUACCGAAUUCGAUGAAUUCUCUUACCAAGAAAUGAUUAGUUUUCUACCAUUAUGUGCACACAAAAACCCAAAAAAUGUUUUAAUUGUUGGAGGAGGAGAUGGAGGAGUUGCAAGGGAAGUUGCAAAACAUCCAUCUGUUGAACAGUUUGUACAGGUUGAAAUCGAUGCAAUGGUUAUCGAACAAAGUAAAAAGUUUUUACCAUUUAUGGCCAAAGGAUUUGAAUCUCCGAAACUCACCCUUAUUGUGGGAGAUGGUUUCGAGUAUAUGAAGAAUCACCAAAAUAAAUUUGACGUUAUAAUUACCGACUCAUCAGACCCAAUUGGCCCUGCAGUCAAUUUAUUUACAGAGAAUUAUUUUAAAUUAUUAAAAGAUGCAUUAAGACCAAAUGGUAUAAUUUGUUCUCAAGCUGGUACGUUAUGGUCAGACUUACCACACGUAAAAGAAACAAUUGAAAAUUGUCAGAAACAUUUUCCGGUAGUGAAAUAUGCUGUUUCGAGUGUGCCAUCUUAUCCAAAUGGACAAAUUGGCUAUCUGGUGGCUUCUCUGGAUGAAACAGUAAACCUUACUAAGCCAGUUCAUACGUUUGCUAAAGAAAGCGUGGAAGAGUUACAACUGCGUUAUUAUAAUGACAAAAUACAUGAAGCUGCUUUUGUACUACCGAAUUGUUUUAAUAAAGCAUUGUGGAAUUAA